CUUGACAUGAUACUAGCCAACAGCGCGCGUCCGAAAUGAUCGAUUCUGGGGUGGGACGCAUCGGUUCACUCAUGUGGAUGAGGUCAGGUCGGCAAUGUCAACCCCAACAGAGGUAAGAUAGCUCGCCCCAACUCUCCUCAUAUCACAAUCGCAUUGUCGCGACUCCCGUUCUGCUCAAGUCGUUCCAUCACCUCGCGACGAACGACAAAGGCUCCCUUCGUUGGCUUUUCCUUCUCCCUUUUGCAUGACAAGAAGCGCGCUUUCACAUUCCGAGGCUACACUGCAGGAGAGCAAGUGGCUGCCGCACGAUUAAUCACAUGGACGUCUGAUCCUUUCCUAACCUCUGAUCGCACAAUCAUAUACUACCACUACGAGUAUUAUGGCUGCAUAGUAGAUGAACUCUGCCAUUUCGCUUUUUGGGCGCUCGCCCACUCCGACCUCGUCCCGUUCACGAUCAUCUUCAUACGCUAGCACCGAAGUCAUCGAGAGCACCGGCAAAGACCGGACACGGAACGUGUAUUGAAAACCAAUAGCAGCAUACACAGUCCGGGCUCCACGGGCCCGGAAAGGCAACAAAAUAUGGACUUUACUGAGGAAUCACCAUUGCUUGGGCAAAAGAGCUUUGGAGACGUCGAUACCGGCGGCUGGACGUCUUAUCCGAGGCGCAUUAGCAACAGCAUCAUUGGAACGGUACGGGUAGUCCUAACAACCAUCACCGCACCUGCGCGAUACGUGAUAGCCUGCUUCUACGAUGACAAUGGACACUUUUCCCUUCUGUAUCCCGUCAUAACUAUCAGUCGCGCCGUCACACAUCGGAGACGAAGGAGGAAUAUGCCUACAGAUGCAGUCGCGACGGAAAAGAUCAGCUCAGGAGCGUCGUGGGAACGUGGCACAACGACACGCAGUUCUAAUCGACAACUGAAAACAUCUUCGGCCCAAUCUGCGUCACACGCAGUAUAUUCGGACUCCGAAAUAGACGAGAAGCACAAUGAUGGCAGUAAUUAUGUACGACAGGGGCGAUCCAGGUCAUUUGUUUCUACAGACGGUGACGAGAUUGCGCCGCAGCGGAGGUCGAUACGUAUCAAGCUGCACAACGAAGAAGCUCUUAGGAAAAGAAGAAGACAGAAUGCAGAGGCAAAGGCCUCUGAGGCAAAGGACAUUGUUGCAGCUUCACUCAAGUCCCCAUCAGGCCCGGCAAUCAGUGGCACAACUAAACUCACUAAAUUUCCACGCGCACCGCAGCCGCCGCGCCCUCUCGUACCUCGACGCCAGCCAAGCUACGCAAAGGCAUCGCCAAAUGAUCUCAAACCGAGGCAGAAGACACUUAUCAUCGAUCUCGACGAGACAUUAAUACACAGUCAAAGUAAAGGUGGCAGAUUCGCCACAGGCCACAUGAUCGAAGUAAAGAUGAAUCAUUCUGUAGGGGUUGGAGGUGUCACGUUAGGUCCACAGGUUCCUAUUCUGUAUUAUGUGCACAAACGACCACAUUGUGAUGAAUUUCUAAGAAAGGUGCAAAAGUGGUAUAAGCUCGUCAUCUUCACGGCGUCCGUUCAAGAGUACGCGGAUCCUGUCAUCGAUUGGCUCGAGCUUGAACGUCCGUACUUUGAGGCCAGAUACUAUCGUCAGCACUGUACUAUGCGUAAUGGAGCGUACAUCAAAGACUUAGCCCAAGUCGAGCCCGACUUGAGUAAAGUCAUGAUCUUAGAUAACAGUCCUUUAAGUUACGUGUUCCACGAGGACAACGCCAUGCCGAUUGAAGGAUGGAUUAGCGACCCGACAGACAAUGACUUAAUGCAUCUGAUCCCGCUUCUGGAAGGACUGCAGCAUUGCACCGACGUAAGAGCUGUAUUAUCGCUACGAUUAGGUCAGCCUCAAGUAGAGAUUUAAAUUACGAAUAGUGUGAAAUAGGUUUUGCCUUUUUUAGGAAGGAUUGUGAGCGGGUACCGCACGCAAUUAGAGCUUUAGAUAACCACACAUAUUCUUGGUUGACUGAUGCAAUUGGAUUGUUCUAGCGAGUUCUUUUGUCGUGUCCUGUAAUCUUUGCACGGCACACUUUCAUUGCAAACGCGAAUAUACAACAGCGCUUUAUCUUGAUGAAUUGUAGAAAGUGG